UGCGUGGUGUACAAGUGCUCUUCGUAGACGAAUUUCAUGGGAUUCGUGUCGCGGAAAACGAAAUUUAUGAUCUCGAAGUUCAGAAAUCACGGAAGGAUCUGAUUCAAAAAAGGGUUAUAUGUUUUUAACAAAUAUUGCUACAGAAUAACAGGGUUCAAAUCGAUUUUAUAAUUCAUAAUAACUCAAACAAUGUAUGUGAAUAGUGAGUCUUCAUAAUCUACUGAGAGUGAUAUAAAGCCGAAAAACAUGGAUCUGCUUAGUAUGACUGACAAUAUCACAAGUGAUAGUUUAUCAUGUUUGUGGGAGAAAAGGAGAGCUAACACAAGUCUUUGGAUUGAUGGCAGGAGUAACCUAAACAUCAGCUUGACGUUGUUGGACGAAUGUGACAUGGAAGUGCAGUUGCCGACUUCGAGAAUGUCCCAUCGCAACAUGGCGUGGUGGCUGCAGCUGGCCUGGUCCACUCUGUUUGGCAUCAUGUUGGCUGUGGCUAUCGGAGGCAACUCCAUUGUCAUGUGGAUUGUGCUUGCUCACAGGAGAAUGCGCACUGUUACUAACUACUUCCUGGUGAACCUGAGCGUAGCAGAUCUCAUGAUGUCAGUUUUCAACUGUAUCUUCAAUUUCAUCUCAAUGCUCGAGAAUAAUUGGCAUUUCGGGCAGACGUAUUGUACAGUCAACAACUUCGUGGCGAACGUCACUGUAGCUGCCAGUGUAUUCACUCUCACUGGAAUAUCUUGUGAUAGGUACUUAGCAAUCAUCAGACCUUUGAAGCCUCGUAUGUCGAAGAUGAGUGCUCACAUUACCAUUGUGUUCAUCUGGGUGACGAGUUCCACGCUCGCCUUUCCCUGUCUGCUCUACUCAAAGAUCAUUGUACAUAGAAAAAGUGGUCUUACUGCUUGCAUCCUAAUAUGGCCUGAUGGACAACCAAUGGUAUCGACAUUGGAUUAUGUAUACAACAUAGUGCUGUUCCUGUUGACGUACAUAGUGCCGAUGACAGCAAUGGUGGGCUGCUACACAGCCAUGGGCCGCGAACUGUGGGGCAGCAGAGCUAUUGGAGUGCUCACUCAACGUCAGGCCGACUCUAUCAAAUCCAAACGAAAGGUGGUGAGGAUGUUCAUAAUAAUAGUGUCGAUAUUCGGCAUCUGCUGGCUGCCGUAUCACAGCUACUUCCUGUAUAUGCACUUCAAUAGAUCGGUGCAGUACUCCAGCUAUGUCCAGCACAUGUAUCUGCUCUUCUACUGGCUCGCCAUGUCCAACGCUAUGGUCAAUCCGCUCAUCUACUACUGGAUGAACGCUAGAUUUCGGCAGUACUUCCGAACAGCGGUGUGCGAAUGGAAGCUGUGCCGACGCCGCGUGUCGCGGCUGGAGGGCAUCGAGACGCCAUCUAUGAUCCGCCACUGCAGUCACUCCUACUCACGUUCCAGAUCGGGAACAGAAAACGAGUACUCAGAACGUGGUGGCAGGAAUGUGCAUAAUACGCACACACACUACACAAGCAAUCGCCUGAAAUCAUGUCAAGGUCAAGGCGGCUUCAACCACAAGUCCAACAACAUGGCCCUGAACCAUAGCAACAACAACGCGCAUGCGCAGUCUCUCAACCACCAAUCACCGUUCACGCUGCAGUGCUCUGGUCAGCAGAGACCGACCAUGUCCAGCAACUUGCAUCAUCACUGGCGCGCUAAGAACUGCAGUAGCCUCUAUGAACAGAGGAUGGAAAUACGGCGCGCGCAAAUUAACUCCUCACAGGUUUAAAAAUGUAGAAAGUUUCAUAUUGAGGGAGAUUUUCGUGAGUAGAGUGAAGAAGGGGUUGUGCUCCAAAAUCCAAAUGUAGGGUAAAGUAUGGGUUCUGCUCCAACAUUCAUAAGAAUAGUGAGUAUGGGUUCUGCUCCAAUACUGCCCUAAGAUCCUUGAGCAGUCUUAAAAGAGCUACAGCAGUCUCUCAAGCUCCCUGCACAUGGGGACAAUAGUAGCAUCCACUAAUAGCCGUCAAUAGUGACAAAACGUCAUUACACAGGGACAUUAACAGCAUCCAAGCCCCAUUCACAGGGUCAAUGAAGACAAUUUUGGUAGCCUCCACUUAUGGCCACUUUGGCGAGGUGUAGUUACUAGUGACGCCAGCACUAUUGUAGGCGAGAGUUUAUGAGGAAGGAUGGAAGUAUGGACGAGUACUCAGAUUAAUUCCCAACAUAUUCGAAUGUAAACGGAUCUCUUUUGCUGAUGUUGAUGUCUAUGAGUAGGGUUAAGUGGUAAAAUACAGGAUCUAUUCCAAUACUGCCCCAAAGAAAUAGUCUUCAGUAGAAUAUUUGAAGAAAAUAAACGGCAGUAGUCUCUAUGAGGGAAGGAAUGGAAAUAGGAUGUACCCUACUCAAAUGAAUUUCGACAAAAAUGUUCAAUAUGAAUGGACUUUUUUCUAAGGAUGAUGUCCACAAGUAGGGUAAAGUACAGUUUAUGCUCCAAUACUACUGCCCUAAGUUUUCUUAUGGGAAAAGGUUUCUACUCCACUUAAAUUCUCAAUUUGGAUCCAGCCUUUUAUGUGUCCUAGACUUGAAAGGGUUAUAGAAGAUGAUAAGAAGAUGUGUGCAAAAGCGAUAGACUCACAGUUUCAGAUAGAUUUGGAACUGAGAGUAAUGAUCCUAGGAUUUUAUUAAUUUGAUUGACUGCCUUGAAGCCUUUGUUGGCGAAGUUAGGGCACAGUCGACUCAAUCUCUCUUUUACUCCACUAAUAAUAUGAUUUCAGUACAACUAUCACUAAGGUACCACUACUAUUACUAGGAAUGGGAGGGAUGAUGACCAAUGAUGAGGAAUAUACGGUACAUGGAAAGUUUUAGGUGGAUUCUGAAGACAUUUUAAAAGCUAUAUACCAAUAGAUAUCAACUUUUAACAUGACACUCACUCGAAGAUAGAGAGGGCCGAUACUCUUUCCUUCACUAAUCACUCCCACUACCUACCUAACAGCAUUCUCCCUACUUUUGUGUCAAAAUCCAAUUGUUCACAGCAUGCUUACUUCCCUCCACUACUCUGUCCAUGCUACAAUUUGUGGAAGGAGAAACUGGUUUCCCCUCUUCAUGUUAGAAGUAAUAUCUCUUGGACUAUUGUAAAUAUGUCAGUGGAGCUGGCCUUAAACACCUGUCACCCUUCCAACAGGAGUAUGAAGAGAACGUUGCUCAAUCUGGAUCAGAUAUGACUCUGCUGGAAUUUCUAUUUUCCCAGACAUUUUCAGGAAAAAUAUUUUCUUCCUCAUGUACAAGAGAGAGUAGGCCAACCCAAAUCUGUCUUCAUUUUUUCAAAGAGCAAAGAAUCUUGAUUCAAAUUGUAACAAUUACUAAUAGUAGCCCACUGUAUGAAAAUACCCUUGAUGAAAUAAUUUUCAAUCAGAAUUUCCUUGAUACUUGUUUAUUUAUAGUGAUGAAUUACUCACUGCAUAUUUAUUUCAAAGGGUGUAGUAGUAGUAGUAAGUAUAUAGGCCUACUGUAAUUAAUCAAAUAUUGGAGAUUAAUUUUGCAAUUAAAUUAGCAAGAAGAUUACCAGAGUUACAGAAUUAAUUAAGGUUGGACUAUGAACAAAUAUAGAUUAAUUCCAGAGGAUUUGCAUGAGAAAUUCUAUGAAUGGAAAAUAUGUGUGACAUUAUUGUACACUUCAAUGUCAUAAAUGCUAGCAAACUUGAAGCUGUAACACAGGAAUGAAUUCAAAACUAUUAUGGUCUAACAGUGAAAUUGAGUAAACCUUGAUGCCUGAAAUGGAUUUGGAUUGUUUUUUCUGAGUCUCAAGACAGUUAUAUUUUCAUAGAGAAACUAUCAAGAGAAAUCAAUAGGGAUGAAAUUUAUAUAGAAAAUAACUUGUAGAAAUAAAAUAGUUGAGUAUUAUAUUUAUAGUUAGGUACAUACCUAACGUAGUUUGGUCUUCAGUGUUCAUAGAUGAGUUUCUUCCAUAGGCUACUUUUUCAUAUCAUACAUAAAUGUAAUGUAAUGUUGUAAGCUCACUCGGUAACGGUAUCUUAUUCAUUGGAAAAAUAUAUAAUAAGCGAAAAAAUAAUAAAAAUAAUAUUGUGUGGUAAAAAUGUAGCAUUCAUAUUGUAUGAAAUGUCUGUGAUAAUUUCUGGUCUAAUAUGUAAAUUUUCUAGUGUUUUAUAGGCUAAAAUAUCUUACUAUCUCAUCUUAGUUGAUGUAAAGUGUAACUGGUAGUAAUUUAAGUACAGCAAUGAUCUCAAAUUUAUUUUAGAUGCCAAAAUUGAAUUGGAAUGAAGUGCUAUUAUUGUAAGUAUUAGUAUAAGUAGGUAAUGUACCUAUUGCUAUUACGAAGGUCUCAAUUUAAGGUGUUUCUCUUCAAACUACAGGCCGCCUCUAUUGUAAUCAUACAUAUAUUAUAGAAUUUCUUCUGAAAUUCUCUUUCAAAUAAGAAAACAUUACUCCUAUGAUUUUCCAAUGUUAUAAUUUGAAUCCUUAUUGUUGUGUUGUGUAAUGCAUUUUGAUAACAUACCUUGACGUCAUCAAUGGCUUGCCUCUUUUCUCAAUCUUAAAUUGACUAUUAUUUCAAUUGAUCCAUGUAUUAGAUAUUUCAUAAUUAUGUAUAGGCCUACUGUGUGUAUUCUUGUUUAUAAUUGAAAUAAGAUAGGCCUACGUGUUUUCUGUUGUAACAAGCAGCCCAAGAAUGUUGCCUUAAUGAUAAUAAGCGUUUGUAUUGAUGAAAUAGAAUAGAAAAUGCAAAGAAUAAUGAAGCGUUAUUCUAAUUUUCUUCUCAUUGGAGAUUUAUUCCAGAAAUCAGUAUUUUUUGUACUCACAGGAUACAUAUGUAUAAUAUUAUCUUUAUUUUUUGCAAACCGCAUUAUAGAAAAAUUCAAUUUAGCCUAUCCUUUAAUCACAAUAUCACAAAUUUGAGCUAUAACAAAAAUGAAAAUUGAACAUCAUAUAUUUAGACUGGGUGAUAAUUAUUUGAAUUCAAAUAAUAUAUUAAUAUAUUGGACAAAAGAACUUGUUUUGUAUUUGAAUAAUACAAGGAAGCACUUGAAUAUUCAUGCUCUAAAUAAAUAAAUAGGCGUUUAUAUUUAUGCAAGAUGUCAUGAAUAUUUAUACUGUCAUUGUGUUAUAAUUAUGUCAUGAAGAGGUGUGUUCCAAGACUUGAAUCUAUAACACAAGAAUUGUUAGACUUGACUCAGAUAAUACAGUUAAAGAUAUUAUCUAUAAUUUUUAGUUUUUAAAACGGUUUUUUAUUGUUGUUAUAAACAGCAAUUAACGGCCUCAUACUAUAUGAAUCCUCAAACUAUUUUUCAAUUUUUUUACUUUAAAUGAAUUAUAAUUUCUUCCUACUUAUUUAAAUAUAUUUAGAGUUGGAUAUCAAGUAUAUUGGCUAAAAUUGAGUUGAAUAUUGCUAACUGUAAAACUAGAGAAAUAUAAGUAAUAAAAAAUUAAAUAUAAGUACCUAUCAUAUUAAUCACAAAAUUCUCUGUUACCAUACCUGUGGAAUGUGAUAACUUGAUAGGAUAGGAAGGGAAUCGAAGCUUUCAAGACAGAUGCGGUACAGCAUACUAAUCUCCCAGACUUGAAACACUAGAACAAACUUUUCUCAUUACCAACUUCAAUUACUUCAUUGGAUAAGACUUCUUAUAGUUGACAGCUUCAAUGGCGUUUUUCUUGCUUGUGUUUAUUUUCAAUUGGAUUUUUAAUUGACUUUUGUUCAUUCAAGCCUUGAUUCCAAUAGAUAAGUUGAAUGAAUUUACCGUAUAUUUCCUCACAGAAGAUUUUUAAAAUGUAAAUUUUAGAUCUUGAAAUCAGGACAAAGCGAGUAACAAACUGAGGAAAACUCUCAGUGAAAGUAGACCUCAGCAAAUGAUUACUACUAGGUACUAGCUAGCUUGUUAUGUACUGUACAGUUUAUGCUAGAAGACAGAGUAUCAGUUUUUCAGAACGAUCCAUGAUUUUAGGAUACAUUACAAUUAAAAUAUUAUAAUAAUAUUGUUCAAUUCACAUAAAAGACAGGACAUUGGCUGCGUUGUCUUAGGUAGACAUCAAAUAUUUAUUUUAAUAAAUUUAUUAAAGUUCAAGUUUUGUAAUCUUUCCAUGAACUAAAUAGUUUUACUAUUGUGAAUAAAUUCUAAAAAGCUUAUUCUCGAAUUACAUACGGUAUUGAAUGUGUUUGUGAGUUAUCAAAUGAUUAUUGUAAGAAAUGUUGUGAUUUAUAAAUGUAUGUGAGAAAUUGUAGUAACUCUCAGUCAAAAAUGUGUUUUUCUAAAACGUAUUCAUCUCGUUCUCUGCAAAAGCAUAUUCAGUAUCCUAAUUAGAUGAAGAAAGUUAAACAAUAAAUCAUACAAAUGAACAAUUAAUUUUUUAUGUUGAAAAAGGGUACUUACUUUGAUUUUAAUUUUAUAUAAAUACAAGUACCGGUAGCCCUAUGAACAUAAAAGAAGAAAGUAAGUAUUAAAUCCAACCUUUUUUGAAGAGGAAAUUCAAUUACAUAGAUGAUUUAGAAUCAGAAGAAGACCGUAAAUAUAGCUUUGGACAAACUUAAAACGACUUUUUUGCGAUUGCUUAGCAUUUAUCGUAAUUGGAAGUGUCUUUUACAUUGACAUGAUGAUAAUACUUGAAAGUUUGGCUUUUAUUGGUGGUGAGCGGUUCAGUACCUACUGAUUUUUCCUAAGCAAAAUAAGGUACCGGUAAGGCAAAUUUAAAUAGCUUCUGAUGUUCCGAACAACCACGCCAAUUAAAAGAAAGAAUACUGUAUUAAUAUGAAAAAUGUAUUUCUGGUCAGUGGUCAACCAACCAAGUAAAAAAUAUAGAGUUUUUGCCACUCAACAUGGUGCUAUUACCCAGCAGCUCCCAUAUUAAUAAUGACCCAUCGACCACCUACUAAAUCUAUCAUGAACAAUUUUAUUUUUUGAUUAUGAAUCCAAUUUAAUGGCAUUCUUAAUAACAUAGGUAUAAAUUAUUCAAUCAUUGUAAUUUUCAAUAACUGCUGUAAACAGUUAUAUUUUUGUAUUUUUAUUCUAGAAUUGAUGCUGUAAUAAGAAAACUAUUUUUAAUUGAUUGUGAUUCAAUAAUAAUUGUUAGAGCAUUCGAAUAAAUUAUUCUAUAGAUGUUAAUAUUGGAGCUUCUAAAAAUAAUUGAACGAAUUACUACUUUAAAUAAAGUUAUAUCUUACAAUAAAUUUGUUUAUGUCUUCUUACACUAUACACUUCAAUCUUUCAUAUUCUACACUUUCUUUCAGCAUAUCUACACUUUCCAUCAGCAUAUAAAACGGCAUCUAAUUUGGAUGUGGAGGCCUGGAUUUACAUUUAUGUACCCAAUGGGCUGUAGCCCAGGGUGGCAAAUUUUGGGAACGGAAGUUAAAAAAAACCUGGAUCGCGGUGGAUAAAAUUGUAAUGAGACCAACAGGCUCACUUAAUUUACCUGUAUUUUAUUUGGAUAAUAUCCUUCUUUUGCUGCUAUAUCUAUCGAUAGGGACUUUCACGCACAAUUCAAUCACCUGUUGAUUUGAAAUUUUCAAACUAUUAUGAAUAAGUUAUGAAAUUAUGAGUAAGAUUAUUGAAAAAACAUUAAAAUGUAGCAUUUCAGUUUUUUCUUGAAUUUCAAAUAGGAAUGAUGUGGAGACCAUUCGAAUCAUAUCAGGUGUACCUGGAAAUCUAUAUGAGAUGGAGCGCUCUACCUGGACUCAGAUUGUAGAGCACAAAAUUACGCCCAAAGGGAUUUUGAAUUAUGCAUU